UUGACAAGAAGUGGUCAUAUAUGAAACAUAGUAAUAGUAAGUAGCAGAGAGAGGAAAUCGAGAAAUCGGAAGAACUAAAGGACAAUAGCGACAAUAACCGAUAGAUAUAGUGAAUACGGAUUCUCAUGGAAACUCCAGGAGGCUAUGGUGAUAGACAAUGUGGAGACAUCCCUGCAAAUCUGCCACUUGGUUCAUAUGAACAUUCAUCAGAAAAUGAGAACGCUAAUGCGCGUUUGUCAUAUGCCGCUGCUGAACAAAAACAGGAAGCAAAACAACUAUCUGAUACGGCUGACAAAGCACCUUCUACCUCGUCGGUAGAUAUACAUGUUCAUGAUUGUACUAACGUUAUAGUAGGACCAAUGGGCAAAAUCAAUAUAGCUGAUGGAGCUGCCAAUGACAGCAUCUCUCCAGUAGAUCCCGAUGAUCAGAUAAUAACAAACAUCACUAAUAAGGUUAUUGAUUUUAAAGUAACGGCUUAUCUCAAAAGCUUCCUGGACCAUAUGGAGAAUCACAAUUUUGUUAUCCUGACAGGUAUGUCUGGUAUUGGUAAAACUGAGAUAGCAAAGUCCUACUGGCAUUUGAAGAAGGGUAGUUAUGAUGUUGGGUGGCUUAUACAAAGCAACACUGACAAGGACUUGAGAAUCGCAACAUUGGCAUUUUUAGAAAAAUUAGACUCAAUAGAAAUCAAAGUUAUUCAAAGAAGAGACGAUUCUAUAUCAAAUCUACUCCAGAACAUACAUUCAGAAAUCAAAAGAGUUUCGAAACGUGGUAAGAAAUUACUCAAUUAUCUGUUGAUAUUUGAUGAUGUUGGGGACGAAACUCAUCGUGCUAUAGUGCAUAGCUUCAAGCCAGACCCAUCGAAAACCGAUGGCACCAAUAACAUAUCUGUUAUUUUGACAACUCAGCUAGAUCUUCUGCUAGAUGAUACCUUGGAAUUGGUUGGCUUUACCAAAAAAGAAGUUCUCGAUUUCCUGAGUAAUUUAAAGGAGGAGGACGAGGAUAAAAUUACGUUAUGGAAAGAACUGAGUCAUCUUCCAAGUGCUCUCACUUGUGCUAAAUUUGACAUCAAAGACACAAAUCGAUCCAUAAAAUAUUACCUGAGUAAAAUAAAAGAAAAGAAACUGUACAGAGAUAUUGAACAGCGGGAUUCCCCAAUGGUUGGUCUCAGUUAUGAUAAAUCUCCCGUCGGGGCACACGUGAAGAAUGCAAAAGCAAUGAUAGAUGGAAUUGCAUCUGCUAACAAGCCUCUUUGUUUUGUUCUGAAAACGAUGGGAUUUUUCGACUCGAAAGCUAUUCCUGAGUUUAUACUUAGGGACAUUUUGAGACAGAAAUACACCGACGACGAAAAGCAGUUUGAAGAUGAACACAUUGAUCAUCAUAUAGACAACUUGCUUUCAAAGAUGCGAAAGAGGUCAUAUGUGACUAGAUCAAGUUCGAACAAAGAAAAUAAUGAUCGCUUUGUGGAUACACAUAGCAUGUUUCAACUUGGAAUACGCUUUGCAAUGGAUGAAGACGACCAUCAGCUCGUCUUGGAGAUGCUCAUGAGAGUGCUUCUGCGAUACUUUGCCAAGGAUACCAGAUAUUUGUCGUUUUUUAGGAAGAAUACACGCCUCAUACCACACGUAGAAAUUGUGUUACAGCAUGUACACAAGAUGGGGUUCAUGGACAUCACGUUCGAUAUGAAAGCCAUGGCGAUUGCUAUGUAUGAUAUCCUCGGCUAUUCCUACACCCAGAAAGACUACCCUAAAGUUGCAGAAGAAAAACUCCGGAAAAGCGUUGAUAUGAUGUACAAGUCAAUAAAUAAGAGUGAAAAAGAAUUGGAUCGACAUGUAAGAGCGACACUUACGAAUGCAAAUGGUGAUCCAAAUGAUCCAGAGAAGUUAGCAGACGAGAAGGCUAGAUUUAUAUAUACCAAGCUUCAGGAUCUUGGGGAUGAUCUGAUCGAAAAUCUUGUGACUAACACCGUCUUGAACCAAGCCGAUGUGAACCUGAUGAAAUCCAAAGUUGGAGAAGAAAAACUACCAGAGUUAAUUCGUCGCCAUAGCAGAAUCGACACGAAUACAUAUCAACAGCUCGUAGACUUGGAGUUAGCAUUACCAGUAGACGUCAUGAAUAAAGCUGUAUACCUCCCAGAGCUAUAUGCAUCUGUUUUCUACAGCUAUGGUCGAAUGUAUUUCUACAAAAAGGAACGUCCUACCAAAGCGGACAGCAGCUAUAUACCUAGCAUAUGGCUUGCGUCUGCCUUGUGUAAGAUCAUCAAGGAGAAAACGAAACAUGAUGUUCUCCAUAGUGUACUUACUCAACGUAAUGGGCUGAUGUACCUCUACUCGGAAGAUCAAGACGAAUACGGGUCGCAGAAAAUAGAUGAAAAGAAGCUUAAAGAUUUAUAUAAAGGGAAGGACGAGUACAAAAAUCUUCUUGAACGUACACACAAAGAGGAUUGGUACCAGCAUGGACUUCUCAAAGUCACUAAGAAUGAUCUAUUUCAUCAAAGCAUCUGUUUGGAAAAAAUAAUCUUUAUCUGUCAAAAAAUCCUGAUAUUAGAGACCGAUCCAGAGAAAAGAAAAGACACCAUCCAAAGUGGUAAGAACGCUAUAAACGAACUAACAAAUAUCGUUAAACAGCAAGAGAAAGAUAAAGCAUCGCUCCAUAAGGGCCACGACAUCCACAUUGUCACCGCAAAAUUCUACGAGCAAGCAGGUUGUCUAGAUGAGGCAUAUGAGAAUUACAAGAAAGCUAUUGAAAGGUGCACGUGCAAGAGCACUAACGAAGGUAAGCCCAGAUGGAAGAAAUAUGGAACUGCAUGCAAGGGUAUCAUGCACGUUGCCAUUCGAAUCAACACCGAUCAAGUCCUUAAUGACGCAGUGAAAUUUGGAAAAGAAUUCCUGAAAGUGUCUCCGAAAGAACAGCAAAUCAAAGAUGUAGAAGAGAUUCAAAAAUUAGUAGAGCUAAUUUGUGUUUCUGCUUCUAGGAAUUAA